CAGAAUCUACUGGUUUGGGUUUGGCAGUCGCCUCGCCUCUAUUUAUAACGCUGUGGUGCCGGCCACUCCACUCCUCUCUUCUCUUCACCGCACCCCUUCCUUUCUCUCACCACCACCACCACCACCGCUCCUCCGGAGAGCCUCCCGCUCUAGGUCGCUGAACAAUGGGUGCUGGAGGGCGUAUGUCUGUACCCCCUGCCGAUAAGAAGGCAAAGUCUGACGUCAUCCAACGAGUUCCGCACGCAAAGCCUCCAUUUACACUUGGCGAGAUCAAGAAAGCUAUUCCACCCCAUUGUUUCAAGCGAUCUAUUCCUCGUUCAUUUUCCUACGUCGUGUAUGACCUUAUCAUUGCCUCUCUGUUUUACUAUGUCGCAACAAACUACAUCCAUCAGCUCCCCCAGCCUCUCUCCUACCUAGCCUGGACUCUUUAUGGGAUAUGCCAAGGUUGUAUCCUAACCGGUGUUUGGGUCCUUGCCCAUGAAUGUGGCCACCAUGCCUUCAGUGAUUACCAAUGGCUAGAUGACACUGUUGGUCUAAUCCUGCACUCAUUUCUCCUCGUGCCGUACUUCUCUUGGAAAUACAGCCACCGCCACCACCACUCAAACACCGGCUCACUUGAGCGGGACGAGGUGUUUGUCCCCAAGGUCAAGUCAGGGGUCAGCUGGACUGCCAAGUACAUGAACAACCCACCCGGCAGAGUCAUCACCCUCAUCGUCCAGCUCACUUUAGGCUGGCCUCUAUACCUUAUGUUCAACGUCUCCGGAAGGCCUUACGACCGCUUCGCAUGCCACUUUGACCCAAAAAGCCCGAUCUACUCUGAUCGGGAGCGCGCACAGAUUUUCAUCUCUGAUGCAGGCAUACUUGCUGUCUUAUAUGGGCUGUACCGUAUGUCUGUAGCUAAAGGACUUGCGUGGGUUCUGUGUGUCUAUGGUGGCCCACUGCUCGUGGUCAAUGGGUUCCUCGUCUUGAUCACUUUCUUGCAGCACACCCACCCUGCCCUCCCCCAUUAUGACUCGUCAGAGUGGGAUUGGCUGCGUGGCGCCCUGGCCACAGUCGACAGAGAUUAUGGCAUUCUCAACACCAUCUUCCAUAACAUAACGGAUACCCACGUUGCACACCAUCUGUUCUCGACCAUGCCGCACUACCAUGCAAUGGAGGCAACAAAGGCUAUCAAACCAAUCCUGGGAAAGUACUACCAGUUGGACGAGACUCCGGUUUUCAAGGCCAUGUUUAGAGAGGUGAAGGAAUGCAUCUACGUUGAGCCCGAUGAAGGUGAAGAGAACAAAGGUGUGUUCUGGUACAAUAACAAGCUUUAGAGCUGUGGGGAGUGUUAAUGUAGGAAAUGCAGUUUCUGGGCUGUGUUUGUUGUAGGAGAAUCUGCUUUGUUUUAUUUGGCUGAAGUCUAGGUUAUGUUGGUUGCUUGUCUUAGUGAGUAAGGCUCAGUUAGAACUGUGGUGUUCUAACAAGCCUUGGUUCAUGUUGGAUGGGAAUAAGACCGUGUAAGAACUAUGUGUGUUUUGAAGUCCAAACUUCGACUUGUCAAAGCAAAGUUUUUUUUUUUAA